GUCAACCUGUAUUCAUUGGCGCGAUUUGUGAAUUGUGAAGGUCAAGAUAAAAAGUGCGCGUCAAGAAUUCAAUAAACCGAAACGAAAUAAAGCUGUAAUAAGAUCCUAUUGCGGAUGAAUUCUCAAUAUACCAUUCGGGAGAAAAAACACAUCUCAAACAUAGCACGACGUAUAUUAAAUGAUACAAAUUUUAUUUCAUAAAAGCGUAAUAGGUAUAAAAUAUGUUAAUUGUUAAAUAGUGCUACCUCUUUUGUCGCACAAACAGCAGUGUUCAGUGUUGACUGUUUUGCGUUUAGACACAGCUGGGUCUUAGCAGCAGUGCGGUAAAGCCGUAUCUGGAAUACGCAUUAUAUGAACCACAUCGCUUAAGGACUAUACUCACAUUUUUAAUAAAGAUUUUAUUACUCGUAAACAUUCUUUAGUAAUUUUUUUCUUCAGUAAGGAAAUAAAUCAUUCGCAGUUAAUUUAUGUUUAAACAAAAAUGGCUCAAGAAAAUGAAAGCAUUACAGAAAGUGAUCCGAAUGUUAACUCAGUUUGUGAAACCCCUUCUAGACCAUACAGAAUUACAAUGGAAUUUCCGUUAUUUUUCACAAUGUUAUCCUUUUCUUUGUCUGGUGCUGCAAUAAGCAAUAUGAUAUUAUUCAGAACAUGUGUUCAUUCUUUGAACCACACACAAGAAGAAUGCAAAGUAUUUUUGUCACCAGUAAAAAACAAUGGAAGUCAUCAGUUAGAAGAAGAGGUACAAAAGUAUGCAACAUUUGUUAGCAUGGUCAGAACAGUGAUAGAGUCCCUAGCUCCUGCCAUGCUUUCUUUAUUCCUUGGAGUCUGGUCAGAUACUCAUGGGAGAAAACCACUAGUUGUAUGGCCUUUAUUUGGUAUGUCCAUUAGCGGCGGAUUGAUCGUUGUCUACAGUAUGAUUGAUAGUUUAGGUCCGUGGUGGCUUAUUCUCACAUCAAUACCAAUUUCCUUAGCUGGAGGAUUCAUUGCACUGUUUACCGGUUCGUUUUGCUAUGUCAGUGACAUCACAUCUACUGAAAAGCGAUCUCUUAGAAUGACUGUAGUUGAAGCAUCAGUGUCCGCUGGUACCGUGGUAGGAGCGAUCACCAGCUCUUACGUUUUGAGAGCAGUUGGAAAUGUUUAUUUGCUCCUCAUAUCAACGUCAUUAUUUGUAAUAGCUUAUCUGUUUACCACGAUCUGUUUGAACGAGUCAUUGGUUGGAGCUGUGCCGGGUGGUCUAAGAACAGUGUUAGAUUUCAAGCUAAUAAAAACAAUGAUAUCCGAGUGUUUCAAGAAGCGACCUAACCACGGUCGAGCGCAAAUUCUCCUUCUUACAUUCGCAAACAGUCUGUCCAUAUUCAUUUUGAUGGGUCAAAUGAGUUUGGACUAUUUGUACACGAGACAAAAGCUGCACUGGGCGAUUCAGCAGUUCACAAUAUAUUCAGCUACCCACACCACGAUAUCGUUCUUCGGGUCUUUCUUUGGAGUGAUGCUGGUGCAGAGGUUCUUCAAAGUGACUGACUUGGCUUUCGCGACCGUUGCUUUCCUGUCUGCCUCUACUGAAUUCUUGAUCAAUGCUUUUGCUACUGCGUCAUGGCAUAUGUAUACAUCCGCAGGAAUAUCUCUCUUCAGAGGUCUAUCAGCGCCUCUGAUCAGGUCUCUACUGAGCAAGAUCUUGCCAACGCAGGACAUAGCUAAAGUUUUCGCCCUGAUGUGCGCUAUGGAGGGUGUCAGCCCACUGAUAUCUCCCGAGAUCUACAACUCCCUGUACGCAUAUACAAUCUCAACGUUCCCAGGAGCUAUAUACAUUCUCAGCAGUACAAUUUCUUUCCUCUGCGCCAUUUUCCUUGGAUUCGUGCAAUAUUUUAGAUGGAAAUCGUCGUCAAUUGUAUACGAAACUUUAACCAACGAGUUAUAGUUUAUUAGUUUUCAGUAAGGUAACAAAUUUAUAGGUAACGAGUGAAUAACAACAAAAAUAUAUAUUGCUAAAAUAAAUGUACAAAUAUAUUGUACUUUUGGUUUAGGAAGGUGGCAAAGAUACAAGAAUUGAUGUGUAUAAUUUUUACUAUUUUAAACGAGUCCAUGGAGUCGUGGGAAUGUUUUUGAAAUGAAAACUUAUAUAGGCGUGUUGACUUUUGAUUACCUUUUGGGUGAACAAAAAUCAUGAAACUAGCCGCGAGUUCCAUGAUUUUUGUCCACCCGAAAAGUUAUUCGCGCAUUCGUCACCCAACGCUUUACAUGAGGUAUAUGUAUAAUGUAUAUAUAUAAACAUAGAUUUUGUUUUCACUUCUAUCGGCAGUCCCCAAAGACUGCUCCGAAUGUUUUUUUUUUAGAGAUACUUACGAACUCUGAUAUUUCAACUUUGUUUUAUAGACUUAAUUCAAAUAUUAAGGUUAAAUUAUGAGGUAAUAACCUUAAUCGAACUUGCCUAUUUUUAGCCAAAUUAGAAAUGCUAAUUGCAGCUUAGCAAUUUUAAUUAUGCAAACCGUGAAAUUUUAAAUCCGAAAUAUCUACAAAGUGAUCGUUGUGUUACCUAUUUAAGUUACAUUGUAAUUCUCAAAUAGGUAUGUAUAUAAGAAAAAGUUAAUAAUAGAUACCAGUGAUUUUUUAUUGUGUAACUAAGGUUGUAGUUACGUCUCGUAACAUAUGCAAUAUUAUUAAGUUUAUACCUUUUUAGCUGUAUUUACACCUGCAUUCCUGAGAGUUCUCAACGGUGUGUUAAGUCUACCAAUCUGCACUGGGCCAGCGUGGACUACCUUUUAGAUUAUGCAUGCAUUCUUUAAUGGCCCGGGUUAAUACCAAUUAAUAAUAAAAUUAUCUAAUAUUCACAUAUCUGUGAUUAAUGCAGUCAUCAUUUUUCAUUUUUUUUUAUACUAAAAAUAAUUAUCAUAUUUAGACAUAGGUACUUUACCAGUGAAAUAGUCUCUGUGGAACAAAAAUGUAAUAAAAAUAACCCCACUUUACACUUUUUGCAUUGUUCGUAUUACACAGUGUCGGUGAAGCAAAUUUGCUAUAACACGCCAAAUCCAGUAUGGUCUUACAUGCAGCUGUACAGCAACGGCUGCCCUCCAACACAAUGAUGGCCUACGCAUAUCAUAUCAAUUCAACAACUAUUCAACGCCAUUGAAAAUAUGGAAACUCGGAUGGGCAGCGUUCGGGAAACUUCGUGCCAUCUUUUCGUCAAAAAUCCCUCAGUGCCUGA